AUGGUGAUCAUGUCGGAGUUCAGCGCGGCCCCGGCGGGCGUGAGCCAGGGCCCGCAGAAGCCCCUCCGCGUGGGCUUCUACGAUAUCGAGCGGACCCUGGGCAAGGGCAAUUUCGCGGUGGUGAAGCUGGCCCGGCACCGAGUCACCAAAACCCAGGUAGCAAUAAAAAUCAUCGAUAAGACACGCCUAGAUUCAAGCAAUUUGGAGAAAAUAUAUCGUGAGGUUCAGAUCAUGAAGCUCCUGAAUCACCCCCAUAUCAUAAAGCUCUAUCAGGUUAUGGAGACAAAGGAUAUGCUUUACAUUGUCACCGAAUUUGCAAAAAAUGGAGAGAUGUUUGAUUAUUUGACUUCCAAUGGGCACCUGAGCGAGAAUGAGGCACGGAAGAAGUUCUGGCAGAUUCUGUCGGCCGUGGAGUACUGCCACAGCCACCACAUCGUGCACCGGGACCUCAAGACCGAGAAUCUGCUGCUGGAUGGCAACAUGGACAUCAAGCUGGCGGACUUCGGAUUUGGGAAUUUCUACAAGUCGGGAGAGCCUCUGUCUACGUGGUGUGGGAGCCCUCCAUACGCAGCCCCAGAAGUCUUUGAGGGGAAGGAGUAUGAAGGCCCCCAGCUCGACAUCUGGAGCCUUGGUGUCGUGCUGUACGUCCUGGUCUGUGGGUCUCUCCCCUUUGAUGGGCCCAGCCUGCCAGCCCUGCGGCAGCGGGUGCUCGAGGGCCGGUUCCGCAUCCCCUUCUUCAUGUCUCGAGACUGUGAGACGCUGAUCCGACGCAUGCUGGUGGUAGACCCUGCCAAGCGCAUCAGCAUCUCCCAGAUCCGGCAGCACCGGUGGAUGCAGGCCGACCCCACCCUGCCGCACACGCGCCCCACCAGCGCUGCACUCAGCUACAACUCUAACCUGGGCGACUAUGACGAGCAGGUGCUGGGCAUCAUGCAGACCCUUGGGGUGGACCGGCAGAGGACCGUGGAGUCACUGCAGAACAGCAGCUAUAAUCACUUUGCGGCCAUUUAUUACCUCCUCCUGGAGCGGCUGAGGGAGUACCGCAGCAGCCCGCCAUCGGCCCGGCCCGGCCCCACCCGGCAGCAGAGGCCCAGGAGCUCAGAUCACAGCGGUUUGGAGGUGCCUCAGGAAGGCCUCCCCAGUGAUGCUUUCCGGUCCUCCCUGCUGUACCCGCAGCCCCAGACCUUGGGGCAGUCCAUCCUGCAGGCCGAAAUGGACUGUGACCUCCACAGCUCACUCCAGCCCUUGCUCUUCCCUGUGGAUGCCAACUGCAACGGCGUGUUCCGGCAUCGCUCGGUCUCCCCCAGCAACCUGCUGGACACCACCAUCAAUGAGGAAGUCAGGCAGGGCCAGGGCCUCAAGGAGGAGCCAGAGGCACAGAGGCCUCUGCCUGGUAGCACAGGCCGGAGGCACACGCUGGCCGAGGUCUCCACCUUCUCCCCUUGCACCCCUCCGUGUAUAGUCAUCUCCACGGCGAAUCCUUCGGAAGGCACCAGCUCUGACAGCUGCCUGACCUUCUCGGUGGGAGAUAACCCCGCAGGGCUUAGUGGAUGCCUGGCUGCUCAGGGGCUGGUGGGCACCUGCUCCCCACUCAAACUGGCCUCACCACUGCUGGGGGCCCAGUCUGCCACCCCGGUGCUACAGGCUCAGGGCGCCCCGGGAGGAGCUGCCCUGCUCCCCAUCAGCUUCCAGGAAGGCCGGAGGGCUUCGGACACAUCGCUCACUCAAGGCCUGAAAGCCUUUCGGCAGCAGCUGAGGAAGAAUGCGAGGACCAAGGGCUUUCUGGGCCUGAACAAGAUCAAGGGGCUGGCGCGCCAGGUGUGCCAGCCAUCACCCAGCCGGGCCACGCGGGGCGGCCUGGGCGCCUUCCAGCUGCCCGCGCAAAGCCCGGGCCUGCACGGCAGCGGGGCCGGCAGCCGGGAGGGCAGGAGCCUGCUGGAGGAGGUGCUGCACCAGCAGAGGCUGCUCCAGUUACAGCACCACCCAGCAGCUCUGCCCAGCUGCCAGCAGGCUCCACAGCCACCGCCAGUCCCACUGGUCCUGGCCCCCUGUGACAGCGCCCUCCUUGUGUCUGGACUCCAGAAGGAGCUAGGGCUGGGACCUGGCCCAAUGCUGCCGCCCCACCUCCUCCAGGCCGGGGUCUCCCCAGUGGCCUCAGCGGCCCAGCUCCUGGACACCCACCUGCACAUCAGCGCUGCCACGGCACCUCUCCCCGCUGCCAUGCCCCUGCAGCCACACUUUGCCAUGCUGCCCCCGGGUUUCGACCCCAUGGGGCUGCCACAGGGGGACUGUGAGAUGGAGGACCUGACCUCCAGCCAGCUAGGCACGUUUGUCCUGGUGCAGUGAGGGACACUGCCAACCACCUUCCUCCCGCAUGGGCUGCCGACUCCUCGAAGCAAUAAUCUCAGAGUAUGUGAAGACGAUUCUGGACUCAAAGCCAAUAACUUCCUAGAAGCGAAACAAGCAAUACGUUUGGUGUUUUGGCUUUUUAGUUUAUUUUUUGUUUUGUUUUCUCCUUGCACUGAGCAACUGCUGCCAUGAGUAGGGACUGGAAAGUUUCUGAAGAAAAAUAAUAAUCGUGGGGGUGGGUGGACAGGAGGGGAAGGAGGGAAGCGACUAGAGACAGAGGACAGGGCUGGCCCCACUCACCAGUCCAGCGCCCCUGUGGAUUGGGUGGUGGCAGGAGGGGACCAUCGGCUCCCUUGUUCAUGCGUGUCACAUCACUGAGGGCAUUGGACGAAGCCUUGGUGUGCGCCGCAUGCUGUGGGAGCAAGUGUGUGCGUCUCCACCGCGUGUGCGUGUGCGGUGUUGAGUAGUAUUCUUUUUUUAAAUGAACAAUUCUCUACUUCUGGAAACAUCUAUGCUUCGAAUGAAAGCUGUGAACUUUGUGCUUUGUGCAUCAGUUUUGAAAAAAGCUCUAACGGCCAGCCCAGGAGAAGAUAAUCUGCAAUCUUGGAAUUCUCUCCCCUGAAGUCGGAACACAGAGGAUCGCAUUUUCUUAUUUGGAUGAGUUAUAAGCCGCUCGAUGGUUGGUUCCAGGAGUCUUUGGAGGAGCUGUGAGGAAGAAUCUUGAAGGGGCAGGCUGGCUGCGGGGUAGGCUCUGUCCCGACACUUGGCACGGGGCACGGGUGCCUGCAAGGGAAGUUACCUCUUGCCGCACAUCUUAUUUCCGCUGCUAAUUAAGUUUUUAUGCAUUUCAUUAUCAGGGUCCAAAAAGAACAACUGACUGGGGGAUGUGCAAUAUGGUGAGGCUGGGACUGGGACAAGCAGGCGGUGACCGGCCUGCACGCACGGGUCCCUGUCAGUGGACAGCCACACCUUCCCCAGCCCCGCACCUGUUAGACUUUCGUUCAGGAAAAUGAAAUGAGAGGUCAGGUCACUGUUGUUCAAGCUUUGUUCCUUUUUAAGCAAAUACUGUAUAUGUGUAUAAAAGACAGAUAGACACUACUUAUUUUUUAUAUUUUUUACUACACCUUUGUGUUCCUGGUUUAAAUUCCCCUCUGGCAAUGUUACAAAGCGCUACACCAGGUGCGUGUGGAGGAGGGAGACUAGGUGCUCCCUUACCUGGCAGGUAGACCCAGCUGGUGGCUCAGUGAGCCAUGGGCUCUGGAGAAGGGAGGAGGCUAUUGUGCGCCCUCCGCCUGGUCGGCACUGGUCCUUUACCCCCAGGUGCCUUCAGCUCACUUGGCUCUCACACCCUCAGUAUUAAACUGGUGACGGCAGGGGAAGGUGGGCAUUUAUUUGUAAAAGCCAAAGAUCACCGGAGUUCUGGAGGGUGGGGAGGCAGCGGCCCAGAGCGGUCACGGCCCCUGCCGGCCAUGUGUCUGCGUUUGCCCAGCUUGCUGCUACUGUCCCUCCUGUCCCCACCGCUGCUGCUGCUGCUCUGUGGCUGCUUCAAUGAUCGGGGCAAAGGACGGUCAUUGCGCCUGGCCGCUGAGAACUCCCCUAAGCCUCCCUCUGACUCAUAAGGAAGGUUGGGAACAGAGAGAACCUGGGGUCAUGGGGUGGCCAGGGCCUUUGCCUCCUCCUCACGGAGCAGCACGUGGGUCCAACACAGCCGGUUCCCCUUAUGAAAUUUCUGUUCCAACGCCAGAGAUCAAAGGCCUCAGAACCAUGACAAGCACUUUACUCUCGGUGGUUUUCUUUCGUUGCUGUAGUCAGGUGUGCGUCCUGUUUUUAAGUGUGUGUGGCGUGUGUUUUAUAGGUUUCUCCACAGCACUGUCCUUGGAUGAAUGCUGUAGCCUGUUUAAAGGCACUACGCGAUCUGAUUAAGGUGUAUAUGGUUUGUUGUUUUUUACCGUAACAAUUAUUUUGUUUCUUAUGUUAACAUGAGAAAUGUAUGCCAAAUGAUUAGUGGAUGUAUGUUUUUUAAUUUAAUAUUUAAAUAAAAUAUUUGGGGAAAAAAA